AUGGCCUUGAAAUUACAGCAAAAGAAGACAAAGCAUCAAGAUCCACUUGAUCAAGUCACUAUCGCAACAGAUAAUGACAGUGAAAGUGGGGAUAAUCGUGAUGAAGAUUUUUGGGCAUGGCUUCAUGAUGUGGUCAAGGAGCAUCAUGAUCUCUUUAUCGAACAAGUCACAAAGAUGGAUGAGUCUGUUGAUCUUCAGGUGGCUGAACUUAAGUCGGAGAUGGAGAAAAUUUUUAUUGUGUUUCAUAGUAAGGUUGAUGUUGUAGUCGAUGCAAUCGCAAAGUUGGUUGAAUUCAAUACUGCUUAUUCGACCAAGGUUGAAGAGAAACCGGAGCAGGAUUCUAAGGUGUCUACUAAGUUGGUGGAAUUUUUAUCAAGCAUUAAGGAGACUAUUUCGAAAGAUGAUCUUUCGACUCAUUGA